AUGUAAGUUGGACUCAACAAAUUUGGAUUUUCUUUUGAUAAAAAAAUUGGAAGUGGUUCUUUUGGUUAAAUCUUUUUAGGUACAACUUAUUGAAUAAUCUUUAAGGAACUAAUAAAUAAACUGGAUAAGAUGUAGCUAUUAAAUUAGUAUGACAAUUUUUAUUCAUCUAGGAAGCUAUUGCAAAUAAACAUCCAUAAUUAAUAUUUGAGGGCAAGAUCUAUAAAGUAUUGUAAGGAGGAAGUAAAUUAAAUUAAAUAUAUUAAGUUGGGAUUCCAUAAGCUUAUUGGGUUGGAAGUGAAGGAGAAUACAAUAUAUUAGUUAUGGAACUACUUGGUCCCAAUUUAGAAGAUCUAUUUAAUUAAUGCAAAAGACAUUUUUCAUUAAAAACAGUCUUAAUGAUUGCUUAAUAGAUGCUUUCUAGAAUUGAAUUUAUUCAUAGCAAAAACUUAAUUCAUAGAGAUAUAAAACCUGACAAUUUUUUAAUUGGAUUAGCUUAAAAGAAUGAUUUAAUAUAUAUUAUAGAUUUUGGUCUGUCUAAAAAAUAUAGAGAUUAGAGAACUAGUAUUAUUAAAUUAUAUUAUUUUAGAUCUCCAUAUUCCAUAUAGAGAAGGUAAAAGUUUAACAGGAACAGCUAGAUAUGCUAGUGUAAAUACACAUUUAGGAGUUGAAUAAAGUAGAAGAGAUGAUUUAGAAGCAAUUGGAUAUGUUUUAGUAUAUUUUUUAAAUGGAUAAUUACCUUGGUAAGGUUUAAAAACAGAUAAUAAGAAGGAUAAGUAUGAAAAAAUUGCAGAAUCUAAAAUUGCUACUUCAAUUGAAAAAUUAUGUGAAGGAUUACCUGAAGAAUUUUCUAUUUAUUUUAAUUAUUGCAAAAGUUUAAAAUUUGAAGAGAGACCUGAUUAUAUUUGGUUAAAGAAAUUAUUUAAAGAUCUUUAUACAAGAAUGAAAUAUCCUAAUGAUAAUGUUUUUGAUUGGACCAAACUUUGA